GUUAAAGGCGCGUCAAACUGUCUGCCAGACAGUGCGUUCGGCGAGGUUGAAAGUUUAGCGACCAAAAAAUUGUUUUCUAUAUUCCGCUGUUACUCGGUAUAUCGCAAUGGCUGAUCAGCUAACAGAGGAGCAGAUUGCCGAGUUCAAAGAGGCUUUCUCGCUCUUUGAUAAGGAUGGCGACGGCACCAUCACCACCAAAGAGCUGGGAACCGUGAUGCGCUCUCUGGGCCAGAACCCCACAGAGGCUGAGCUGCAGGACAUGAUCAACGAGGUGGACGCUGAUGGUAAUGGAACGAUAGACUUCCCAGAGUUCCUGACCAUGAUGGCGAGAAAGAUGAAGGACACAGACAGCGAGGAGGAGAUCAGAGAAGCGUUCCGUGUCUUUGACAAGGAUGGGAACGGUUACAUAAGUGCUGCUGAGCUGCGCCAUGUGAUGACAAACCUUGGGGAGAAGCUGACCGAUGAGGAAGUUGACGAGAUGAUCCGAGAAGCGGACAUUGAUGGAGAUGGCCAGGUCAAUUAUGAAGAGUUCGUACAAAUGAUGACGGCGAAGUGAAGGCCUUGUACAGAUGUAUAAAUAACUUGCCUUUUUUUUCUGUGGAAUUUAUCUGUAAAAUCUUAAUAUCCCCCCUCCCUAAUGUCCAAAGGAACUGCAUGUAAACUGCAUAGGCUCCGAGUCCCCAUGUCCCUUUCUUUUGCUGUCCUCGUGUUUUGGAGUGACGGUGUGGUUGUACAAACGGGUGCCUGUCGCAGCCCCAGGGGUUGGCGAGCGCUUAGAAUCGUCACGUCGGCUCCAUUCUGGACACGUGGCAACAUUGGUGACCUGUCACUUGGGGCAGCUAUGUUGCCAUGGAAAUGGCCUAGAGGAGUAACACUGCAUGGACUACGGACAAAGUGUAUAUGGAAAUCUCUCAGCAUUGCACUACUGCAAAGAAUUUAAAAAAACUACACAGGUGUAUCUUGUAGGUACACUUAAACUCUUUUUGUAUCUGCUGUUCUUUACCAGAAAAUUACUUUGUUUUAAUCUUACUAUGCUUUUUAAUGUUUUACUCACUACUUUUUUAUGGCCUUUGGCCAUGCUUCAAAUAAUCCAUUCCAAGUUGUAUAUUUUUGUUUUCCAAUAAAAUUUACUAUUUACCCAGA